CGCCGCGGCCCCGGCGCCCGCUCCGGCGCCCGGGGUGAUGCCAUGCCCCGCAACCACGGCGGCGGGGAGGAGGGCGGCUCCGCGGGGCUCUGGGUGAAGAGCGGCGCGGCAGCUGGCAUGAAGGAUGUGGAGUCGGGCCGGGGCAGGGCGCUGACGAGCUCAGCGGCCCGCGGCGACGGCCUGCUGCUCCUGGGCACCGGCGGCGCGGCCGCCCCCGCCGGGCUGCGGGAGGGCCGCCGCGGGAAGCACGGCGCCCGCAUGAGCCUGCUGGGGAAGCCGCUGUCUUACAGCAGCGGACCGAGCUGCCGCAGGAACGCCAAGUACCGCCGCCUGCAGAACUACCUGUACAACGUGCUGGAGCGGCCCCGCGGAUGGGCCUUCGUCUAUCACGCCUUCGUUUUUCUCCUUGUGUUUGGUUGCUUGAUUUUGUCCGUGUUUUCUACUAUUCCUGAACACACAAAACUUGCCUCUGGUUGUCUCUUCAUUUUGGAGUUUGUCAUGAUUGUUGUCUUUGGUUUGGAAUUUAUUAUUCGUAUCUGGUCUGCUGGGUGCUGCUGUCGUUACCGAGGAUGGCAAGGAAGACUGCGCUUCGCAAGGAAACCAUUCUGUGUGAUAGACAUCAUUGUUCUCAUCGCUUCAAUAGCAGUUGUUUCUGCAAAAACUCAAGGUAACAUUUUUGCAACAUCAGCACUGAGAAGUCUUCGUUUCCUACAGAUCCUUCGUAUGGUGCGCAUGGACCGAAGAGGAGGCACUUGGAAAUUAUUAGGUUCUGUAGUUUAUGCACAUAGCAAGGAAUUAAUCACAGCCUGGUACAUAGGAUUUUUAGUACUCAUCUUUUCAUCUUUCCUGGUUUAUUUGGUGGAAAAAGAUGCAAAUACUGAAUUCUCCACGUAUGCAGAUGCUCUCUGGUGGGGCACAAUCACAUUGACAACCAUUGGCUAUGGGGACAAAACUCCUCUUACUUGGCUUGGAAGGUUGCUUUCUGCAGGAUUUGCUCUACUUGGCAUUUCUUUCUUUGCACUACCUGCGGGCAUCCUUGGCUCAGGAUUUGCAUUGAAAGUGCAGGAACAGCAUCGUCAGAAACACUUUGAGAAAAGAAGGAAUCCAGCUGCAAGUUUAAUUCAGUGUGUAUGGCGUAGUUAUGCUGCUGAUGAGAAAUCAGUUUCCAUUGCUACCUGGAAGCCUCAUUUGAAGGCCUUGCAUACCUGCAGCCCUACAAAAAAAGAACAAGGGGAAUCUUCUAGCAGUAAGCUUUGUAGUAAUAAACAGAAGCUCUUCAAGAUGUACACCCCUCGGAAACAUAGCCAAAAGCUAAGUUUCAAGGAGCGGGUCCGGAUGGCCAGCCCACGAGGUCAAAGUAUAAAAAACAGGCAAUCUUCAGUCGGAGAUCGCCGGUCCCCAAGUGCUGACAUUGCCACCGAGGGCAGCCCAACCAAAGUCCAGAAGAGCUGGAGCUUCAACGACCGAACCCGCUUCAGGCCCUCGCUGCGGCUGAAGAGCUCCCAGCCCAAGCCCAUGGUUGAUGCUGACACCAGUCUUGGAACAGAUGAUGUUUAUGAUGACAAAGGGUGCCAGUGUGAUGUGUCAGUAGAAGAUCUCACCCCUGCUCUUAAAACUGUCAUUAGAGCUAUCAGAAUUAUGAAGUUUCAUGUUGCAAAGAGAAAGUUUAAGGAAACGCUUCGCCCAUAUGAUGUCAAAGAUGUCAUUGAACAGUAUUCAGCAGGUCACCUAGACAUGUUAUGCAGGAUUAAGAGUCUUCAGUCACGCGUUGACCAAAUUCUUGGGAAAGGACAAAUCACAGCAGAUAAAAGAAACAGAGAGAAGAAUCCUGCAGAGCAUGAGACCACUGAUGAUGUCAGUAUGUUAGGGCGGGUAGUCAAAGUGGAGAAACAGGUACAAUCCAUUGAAUCAAAACUGGACUGUCUAUUAGAUAUUUAUCAACAAGUUCUGCGAAAAGGAUCUGCAUCCGCGCUCACUUUGGCUUCAUUUCAAACGCCAGCUUUCGAGUGUGAGCAGACUUCUGAUUAUCAGAGUCCAUCAGACAGCAAAGAUUUGUCUAACUCUGCACAACUUAGUGGAUGUGUAUCCAGAUCAGCCAGUGCCAAUCUGCCUCGUGGCCUACAGCUUAUACUGACACCAAAUGAAUUUAGCACUCAGGCUUACUAUGCUUUUAGUCCAGCUAUGCAUAGUCAAGCAACACAAGUGCCAAAUGAUGGACCUGCAACAGUUAAUAAUGCAUCAAACCAAAUAAACCAGACAACUAAGCCAGCAACUCCGACAACAUUACAAAUACCACCCUUCUCAUCGAUGAAGCAUAUCAAUAGGCCUGAGCCCAUUCAUAUUAUUCCUGUAACCACACAGGAAAAUAUUUCUAAUGUCACCGCUUGCCUUGUUGCAUCAAAGGAUAAUGGACAAGUCGCACAGCCCAGUGCGACAAAGGAUCUCACAUGGAGAAAAAGUCUGGAUACGGAAGGGGAACAUUUGCUCUCCGUUAAACCUGUAGUGCAAAUGGAUUUAGGAAAAUCUUUAUCUGUACAAAACCUUAUACAGUCAACAGAAGAACUGAAUAUACAGAUUACUGGCAGUGACUCCAGUGGUUCCAGAGGUAGCCAAGAUGUAUACUCCAAAUGGAGGGAGUCAAAAUUAUUUAUAACAGAUGAAGAGUUGGAGACAGAGGCAGGGACAGAGACUACUGAAGCCAUCUCGCGCCCGUUAGUGGAAACAACUCUCUCUGCUGACUCUCUAAGGACUGGAAUAUCAAGAUCAUCUCAAAACAUCUGCAAGCCAGGGGAUGGUACAGAAGCACUCAAUCUGCUCCAUGUCAAACUUAAAUAACUUCUGGCUUUCUUCAUUGGCUGGGUCAUUCCUCUAGUCAUACAUAUCAUAGCAUGAACUAUUUUGAAAGCCUUUUUAAUAAGAUAAAAUCACAAAAAUCAGGAUGAAUUUGCAAAGCAGUUGAAUGAGCCCAUAUUUCCUAGUUGCAUGAAAAAGCAUGUCUAAGCAAUGGCUAACAUCCAAAUUUAUACCUACAGUACAGCAGCCUUUCAUGUAGUACAGUAGGUUUAAAUAAUGAGUUGCCUACAAAGCUAAUGCUGCAGGAUGUAUCAAAAAACAAAAAUUUGAGCAUUUAGACCUUGUGCUGUUUCUAUGGGGCAGAAGUAAAAAUCUUAAGGUUUAAAGCACUUUGCUUCUGAACUGAUUAAAUAUAUAUAUAAUGUCCUGAUUUAGAUGAUAGUUUAUGUUUACAACAAAAAGAUUAUCUACAGCUGCUAGCAAGGUACCAAGGAAAUGAGUAACAUGGGGUUAGAAAUGGCUGCCAGUUGCAAGAUACACACAUUAACUCAUCAGUAAUCAGUUAUUUUUUGCUCUGAAGAACAGUUUGUUAAUACGUGAUUUUUGGUGAUCUAGUGCUGUGGCAGAAGUACCUGACACACCACUAUCACAUUGUUCUUUAUAACAAGAACUAUUUUGUUACAAAAGGUUUGUAUUUUAAGAUUGGGUCUGGCCUCAGAAGUAAGUAACAUGGGGGACUGCACUGAAAAUUCAAGUGAAUCUCUCCUUCUAGUUUCAUUGCGAAGCUGACUUGUGAAUCUGAACCAUUUUGGCAGCAGUAGGUGAGGGAAGGAAGCAGGUGCUGCCUUUAUUGUCAAAGCAAUAUUUCCUUCUUGUGAAAAUUUUGGCAAUUUUCCUUGCAGUCCCAGCCUGGUACUACAACAGCACUUUCAUAAGGCUGGGCAAGAAGGGAAAAUGAGGAACUGAAAUACAGAGUAAAACUAAAGAGGACACAACAGAAGGGAGAAAGACAAUACAAUCAAUAGGAAAAUAAGUAAAUAAUAAUAUGGAUUUAGACGUGCAGGAAGGGAAAUCAUCCCAUAAAAUAAAACAAGAAAGAUGAAGAAGGAAAAAGUCACAUGUUUUGGUUUUUUUUCUCACAGAUACUGAGUGUCAUUAAAAAAAAAAUUUAAAAUUAAAAAAAAAACAUGCAGGCAAUCAGAAACAAAAAUAGAAGUAGAGAAAGCCACCUUAACUAACAAAAAAAAAAAAAAGGCAAGGGCUUGUUGCUUUUUUAAUAAAAGGGGAAGAGGAGACAGGGAAAAUGGUCUCACUCUUAGCUCAAUUGUCCCAAUUACAGUAAUUUCUUGUGAACUUUCCAACACAGGACUCACAGACUCCUUCCUGCUAAAACCCAAGUUUUCAAAUUCAAAGCCUAUAUCACACUGAGCAUUCCUGCCUGAUGCAUCCUCUUUUUAUUUUUUCUUACUCUAGCCUACACUUCACUUCUGCUGAGGUGCAGGAGCAGUGUUAGUGCCUGCCUGCACAUCCCCAGCAAGGCUUUGCCACUGGGAGAACCCUUGCAGAGCCUAAACCAGCUUUCACUCUUCCCAGCUGAAUGAGGUUUCUGUGUGUUGCCUCCUGCCAGAUUGUCACCCCACCUGCACCACAGGCUUGUAGACAACCCAGCUUGGGCUCAGCUUCCCUCUAGCAGCAGGAAUACCGAAUGUAUGGGUGUGCCAGUGCCAGCUCACUCAGGGCAGUGUUUUCUCAAGGCCCAGACCCGCUGGGAACUUGCUAUGUACAUCAAAAACAUCACUCCAGUCUUAACUGUGGCUAAAUGCUGUAGAUUGUAUUGUGAAGGAGCUGAUCUGUUUACUAUGAAACCAUUGUAACUUAUGCUUCCAUUUGCUUUACAGAAGUAUUCCUGGAUGUUACAUGAGAACUUUAUUAUGUGAAAGUACGUGCAAACUGUAGAGUGUAUAUAUUGUGUCAUUAUACGGGGUCCAUGGAUGGUACUCUGUGUUCCAUGGCUUAUGCCGGAGCAAACUUCAGUUGUUAAAUCCUGAAAGACACCUUGAAGCACAAUUUCCUCACCACUGAUUUGCCAUAUAGUUCACCAUAUUCAGCCUUUCCUGUUUUCCUUUAUGUGCAAUCUGACCAUACCGAAGCCUGAUUACAACAGCAAUUUUGUGAGGAUAAAUACAUUUUUUCCACAUCUCAAUUCACUUAACUGUUAACUUAUUUGAAUGUCUGCAGUUUAUCCAGACAGAUAUGUAAGUUUAAAGUAUUGAAAAUUUAAAAGUUAUAAUAGUUUUUUAGGCUAUUUUUUCCUUUUUCCUGUUUAUGGUGCCUUUCUUGCCUUUCAUGUGAAGCCUCUUGCUGACCUAAGCAUCAGUGUGCCGUUAGGUUCAGUUAAGGAGCAAGCGAUUGGGCACAUGGCAACUGUGUGUCCACAGUGAAACUCCCUUCCCCUCCUUGACGAGACCGAAAAUCCAAGGCAUCAUGAAUUGGACACCACUCUUCCACCUUCAUCUGCAGGGGCAGAUGGUUGCACCCCCAUUGCACCCGGAAGGCGUCGAUGGGAGAAAUGAGCAAAGGCCCUGACUGUCCCAAUUCUGCACAGAAACAGGGCCUUGGGGUUUGCUGAUAAUUUAUCUCACAGAAACUUGGUAUUUUUGCCUUAAAUGAGAUGCUUGAGUCCUUCUAACUUUAAGUUAAUUUAUUUAAUACAAUUUUGUGCACAAAAGAAUGAGUUCUAUAAAUUAUGUAUGAAAAUAUUAAUGUCUUUACAAAGUACUGAUAAACCCAGAAGAUCGUAUCUUUUCAAAUUAAGGUUUAAAAUUCUAAUUUUUUUCUUUUAUGCUCACCGUUAUUAUUAUUUUUGUAGAUGCAAGUCUUAUCAUAUAGGGUUUUUUAACAUAAUAUUGAUAGAAAAUAGAAAGAGUAGUGAAUAUAUGAAAUUUUAAAGAGGAAGAAUUGUUUGUUUGGACUUUUAUAAGCUUUACUCGUAUUUCCUCAUGAGGAGUUUCUAUGCUCUCUCUUUAAAAGACAGUGUCAUGACUGACAGUCAUUUAUUGGUUUCACAAAAGAAGGGCCUGCCUGGCCUUUCAAGUCUUGUCCUGAGCUCCUUAUUAAAGUCCAGCUCAUGACAACUAAUAAUUGUUCAUGAGUCAGGACAAAUAAUUUUUUUUUUUUUAUUUACAAUCUACUUGAGAAUUGUUUGAAGAGAGAAGUUGAAAUUAAGUAAGAGCUUCAGGACUUAAGCCUUACCUAAAUAACUGUUUUCUGGUCAGCAUGUUCUUCUACCUGAAUGAAGAGAGAGCUGAAAAGAAUGGUUUCAAUGACUAUAUUUGUUAAAAAAUUUGUAUUUGCUCCUGGCUUAUAUGAUCUAUACUUUUUAUUUAAAUAUGAAUAUGAUGUUUUAGCCUAGGAUUCAAGAUUGCAAAGAUCAUACACUUUUAUUUACAGUGCCCACAGUUGUUCCAUAUGUUUUUGAGAUACUCCUACUUAGAGUGACUGCUCUCAUUAUAGUAUGGUGAUGAGUAAUUCACCUGCUUUUCUGUGAUAAGUCAAAUCAUGCUGAAUUGCUGAUGUAUAGUAGAACAUCUGAUGUACAGUAGUAUUUCUGGAUUGGGACCUGCAAUCCUUACUCAAGCAAAAAUUCUAUGGAAUUCAUUCAUUCUAUGAAAUUCAAGAAUUUUUCUUGAAUUGGGAACUCAGAUUCAAAUCCUAAUUUUGUUGGGCAUCUGUUUGAAGUGAAAAUGGUAAUAUUCCAGUUAUUUCCUGAGGAAACUAAUACUUAGCUGACUUUACCCUUGUCACAUUGACUAUAUAAAAAAUAACGCACAAAGUAUUGAUAUAAAAAGGGAAGGAGAGAAGGGACAUUUUUUUAAAGCACAGAGAAAAUCAGAAUAUUCAGAAAGUAGGAAUAAGCAGGAAAAGAAAAUAUAACAGCAAAGGAAUGGAGGAAAAAAGGGUUUAAACACCCGAGGAUAAAUUCAUCCUUGGAUGGCUUCACUGACUUCAAUGAAUUCACUGCCCAACGGGGUGAAGCUCAGCCUCCAUUGGGAUAAUCAGACUCAGUUCCAUUGACCUUACAGGAACUGAACCACCUGUACCAGAAAUGAACUUGCCUCUCUGGGCCAACUUUUAUCCUGACUUAUAUGUCAUGCAAUCCUUUUGGAUUCACUGGGUUUGAAUGAAAUAUGGAAAAGAAUUUGUCCCAGGUAUUUCCGCUUCACUUUUUUUUUUCAGGUGUGUUAAUUGACUUUAUUCAAAUGGAUUACAACAUCACACAAUGUGCUGUCACUGUCUAAAAAGAUUAAUUUGUUUUUGAAAUAAGAUUUGUCCCCUGCAACGUCAGUGGAAGCAUGUAGUAUUUAACAUUUUCCUAUCCAUUCAUCUGGAUGCAAAUGUGGCCGUUCAUUCAGCUGUGGCCACACACAGGACAAUUUGACAUAUCCAAUGUCAUCUGCUAUUGGAAGCGUUUUUGACUUCUUUGAAAGACAAAAAGAAAGUUUUGUAGUAGGCUUAGAAAGCAUGAUGGCUGCUUCCACUGACACUGCAACAUUAGCCAGUACAUUACAAUGUUAAUUGUAAAUUCUUGACAAAGUUGAAUCCAUAUUGUUGUUAAUAAAAAUGACUUGAAAAGUAC